UUUUUUGUGGAAACCCUAGUGUAAAUUGUCAGCCUUGAAAUUUUAAAUUCAGAUAUUCACAGAACCUUUUCUUGUUUUUAAAGAUGUCUCAACCUGUUGUUUCGAAGGCUCGGGUUAUAAAGAUCCUCAAUCGGAUUGGAGCCCGUGGCAUUUUAACUGAAGUUCGGGUGCAGUUGGUCGAUCAACCCAAGAUGCAAUUUAUGCGCACUGUCAAGGGACCCGUGCAUUUAGGAGAUAUAAUCGACUUCGAGGACACCGAAAUAUCUUGGCAGGCCUCUAGCAAGAGCAACAGCAACUUUGGUGAUAUUUGUUAGACUGAAGAAACCUGGGCAUAUUUCAAAUAAUUUGAAAAUAGUUAAAUAAUACUUUCCGUUCAAAAUAAUUAAAAACAAUUGAACUAUGUA